AUGGGACAAGCUUUGGUUACUCCCUUGAGUCUCUCCAUUGAUCACUGGUCAGAAGUCCGGGGACGAGCCCGAAGUCUAUCUGUAGAAGUUAAGAAAAAGGAAUGGAAGACCCUUUGUUCCUCCCAAUGGCCCGCCUUUGGAAUCGGGUGGCCGCCGGAGGGCACCUUUAACCUCUCUAUUAUUUUACAGGUGAAAGGUCGCGUAUGUGACACAAGCCCGGGAGGUCACCCAGACCAGGUUCCCUAUGUAGUUACCUGGGAGAGUCUAGCUACAAACCCUCCUAGUUGGGUAAAGCCCUUCGCGGCUGUUGAUGCUAGCCCACGGCCGCCACCCCUGCCUUCACCUAUCCCUUUGAAUCCCAUUCCCUCAGCUCCCCUGAUAACGUCUUCAAUCUGCCCGCUACGAGAGACGGACACCAACCGAGGAAAGCCGGCGGUCCUCUCCGAUGGUGGAGAACAGAUGCAGUACUGGCCUUUUUUUGCCUCGGAUCUAUACAAUUGGAAAACCCAUAACCCCCCCUUUUCUCAGGAUCCGCAGGCUUUAACAGGAUUAAUUGAGUCUAUUUUGCUGACCCAUCAGCCCACGUGGGAUGAUUGUCAGCAGCUCCUGCGGACACUACUCACUACAGAAGAACGGCACCGAGUACUUUUGGAGGCUCGGAAGAACAUUCCUGGAGCUGAUGGGAACCCGACUCAACUCCCUAAUGAGAUAGAUGCUGUGUUUCCUCUCAAUCGACCGGACUGGGACCACAAUACGCCUGCCGGUAGGGAGCGUCUCCGUCUUUACCGCCAGACUCUGUUAGCGGGUCUCAAGGGCGCUGGAAGGCGACCCACCAAUUUGGCCAAGGUAAGGGCAGUAGUACAGGGGGCAGAGGAAACCCCUGCGGGGUUUUUAGAAAGGCUAAUGGAGGCUUACCGUAUGUAUACCCCUUUUAAUCCGGCUAGUGAAGAAAGACAGAGUGAAGUUAUAAUGGCAUUUAUUGGACAGUCGGCACCGGACAUAAGGAAUAAGUUGCAGAGACUAGAGGGAUUGCAGAAUUAUAAUUUGCAGGAUCUAGUUCGGGAGGCUGAUAAGAUAUACAAUAAGAGAGAGACUCCCGAGGAAAAGGAAGAAAGGUUAAGGAAGUUACAAGAGGAGAGGGAGGACGAGAGAGAGAAAAGGCGUAAUCAGGAGUUAAGUCGAAUCCUGGCCACUGUAGUGCAUAAUAGACCAGAAACAGGGAGGCAGAUCAGGAACCAGGGAGAUGAAAGGCGGCCCCGGUUGAGCCGAGAUCAGUGUGCUUACUGCAAAGAGAAGGGGCAUUGGGCCCGAGAAUGUCCCAAGAACUCACGGAACCCCAAGAAGAUGACCCCCGUGCUGGCCCUUGGAGAUUAGGGAAGUCGGGGCCAGGACCCCCCUGAGCCCAGGAUAACUCUAACCGUGGGGGGACAACCAGUCACUUUCCUGGUAGAUACGGGAGCGCAGCACUCCGUGUUGACUAGCACGGGAGGGCCUAUGAGUCAUAAGACUUCUUGGGUACAAGGAGCUACUGGUGGAAAAUUUUACAAGUGGACAACUGAACGGCGAGUAGACCUCGCCACAGGGACUGUGACACAUUCAUUUCUACAUGUACCGGAGUGUCCCUACCCCUUGUUAGAGAGAGAUUUACUAUCAAAAAUAGGGGCGCACAUCAAGUUCCAUGAGGGUGGAGCUUCAGUUUCCGGACCCAGGGGAGAGCCCUUGUACCUCUUGACCUUGAGAAUAGAAGAUGAAUAUAGAUUGCAUGAGAAGCGCCCCCCCGGAGGGCCUGUCCCUUCCUUGUUGCUGAAAAAAUGGGUGGAAAGUUUCCCCAAUGCCUGGGCCGAGACGGGAGGGGUCGGGUUGGCGAUCAACCAACCACCCCUGGUGAUCAACUUGAAACCCACGGCUUCUCCAGUGGCUAUCAGGCAAUAUCCGAUGUCGAGGGAAGCAUUCCAGGGCAUCAGACCGCAUAUACAGAGACUACUACAACUAGGCAUCUUGGUGCCCUGCCGUUCCCCGUGGAACACUCCUCUAUUGCCGAUAAAGAAACCAGGGACAAAUGAUUACCGACCUGUCCAAGACUUAAGAGAAGUUAAUCAGCGAGUCGAGGACAUGCAUCCAACUGUCCCCAACCCAUACAAUCUUUUAAGCUCCUUGCCCCCGUCUCACACCUGGUAUACUGUAGUAGACCUCAAAGAUGCCUUCUUUUGCUUAAGACUAUGCCCCCAGAGCCAGCCAUUGUUUGCCUUCGAAUGGAGAGAUCCGGAAUCUGGGCUUGCUGGGCAGCUGACAUGGACCAGAUUGCCACAAGGGUUCAAGCACUCCCCCACCAUUUUUGAUGAAGCCCUCCACCGGGACCUGGCUGAUUUCCGCAUACAACAGCCUGACCUCAUCCUUUUACAGUAUGUAAAUGACCUUCUCCUUGCUGCUCCUUCCGAAGAAUCUUGCAUACAAGGUACGAAAGCCCUUCUAAAAAGACUCGGAGAGUUGGGAUACCGAGCCUCUGCUAAGAAGGCCCAACUAUGCCAGACCAAAGUAACAUACCUAGGAUAUGUCCUAGAAAGAGGACAGAGAUGGCUGACAGAGGCUAGAAAACAGGCUGUGUCCUCAAUACCUGCUCCCAAAAGUCCCAGGCAGCUGAGAGAGUUCCUGGGAACUGCAGGAUUCUGCCGACUCUGGGUACCGGGAUUCGCUGAGAUCGCAGCCCCCUUGUAUCCCCUAACCAAACAGGGAACAAAAUUUCUAUGGGAAUCGGAACAGCAGGAGGCCUUCGACCGCAUCAAAGAAGCCCUCUUGAAGGCCCCGGCACUGGGACUCCCUGACGUAACCAGGCCGUUUAAUCUUUAUGUGGAUGAAAGGAGAGGAAUUGCAAAAGGAGUCUUAGUACAAGCAUUGGGGCCAUGGAAGCGGCCAGUGGCCUAUCUCUCUAAGAAACUUGAUCCAGUCGCAGCGGGGUGGCCCCCAUGCCUACGAAUGAUUGCUGCCAUAGCAACUCUGGUUAAGGACUCUGGCAAGUUGACCCUUGGCCAGCAGAUCACUGUGAUCGCGCCACAUGCUGUGGAGGCCAUAGUCCGGCAGCCCCCUGACCGAUGGUUAACUAAUGCUCGAAUGACGCAUUACCAGGCAUUGUUAUUAGCCCCAGAAAAGAUACGGUUUGGCCCUGCGGUCGCCCUGAACCCUGCCACGCUCCUCCCAGACCCUGGAACCCCGGGAGAUGUUCCACACAACUGUCAGCAAAUCCUUGCGGAGGUACACGGAACACGAGAGGACCUCUCUGAUCAACCCAUGCCAGAUGCUGAGGUAACGUGGGUCACCGAUAGGAGCAGUUAUGUGGUGGAUGGGAAACGACGGGCAGGGGCUGCGGUGGUAGACAAUGAAAAGACUAUUUGGUCAAGUGCCCUGGCACCGGGCACUUCAGCUCAGCGGGCAGAACUAAUAGCCCUAACCCAGGCCCUGAAGCUUGCAGAAGGGAAAAAGGCUAAUAUUUAUACUGACAGCCGCUAUGCCUUUGCUACCGCACAUGUGCAUGGGGAAAUAUAUCGAAGAAGAGGAUUACUGACGUCAGGGGGAAAAGAGAUAAAGAACAAAGAUGAAAUUGUAGGACUCUUGCAAGCAUUGUUUCGCCCCAAGAAAAUCAGCAUUAUCCAUUGCCCUGGGCACCAGAAGGGAAAUGACCCAACAGCAAAAGGAAACCAAUUGGCAGACUCGGCUGCUAAACGGGCAGCUGAAGAGACUCAGACAUUAGUCAUGGUAGAGACCAUUGUUCAAAAACCCGCUAACUCAGAUGAGACUACAGUCCGACAAUUUGGGACCCUAAAAUAUACCAGCACAGACGAAACCCUGAUACAACAACAUGGAGGGGAAUGGGACCCCAAGACAAGGACUUGGAAGUGCGGAGAUAAAGUCGCUUUACCUCUUAAAAAUUCAAAGGAAAUAGUAAAGCAUCUACAUCAACUUACACAUUUGAGUCGCAGAAAGAUGCUUGCCUUACUAACUAAAGAAGAGUGCCCCUUCCACAUUCUCCGUCUGCCUGGUUUAGUUCAAGAGACUGUAGAUCUUUGCAAACCAUGCGCACAGGUAAAUGCAGGGAGACUCAAGCUCCCCCCUGGGGCGAGAGCACGGGGUCAUCGUCCAGGAAUGUGUUGGGAAGUAGACUUCACUGAAGUCCGUCCAGGUAUGUACGGUUAUAAGUAUCUUCUAGUUUUUGUGGACACCUUCUCUGGGUGGACGGAAGCGUACCCCACCAAGAAAGAAACGGCACAGGUGAUGGUAAAGAAGAUCUUGGAAGAAAUAUUCCCUCGGUUUGGACUGCCACAGGUACUUGGGUCUGACAACGGGCCGGCCUUUGUCUCCCAGGUAAGUCAGAUGAUGGCCAGGGUUUUGGGGAUUGAUUGGAAAUUGCAUUGUGCCUAUAGACCCCAGAGUUCAGGACAGGUAGAGAGAAUGAAUAGAAGCUUAAAAGAGACCUUGACCAAAUUAGCUUUGGAGACUGGCGCUAAAGACUGGGUGCAGCUCCUACCUAUGGCGCUUUUUAGGGCCAGAAACACGCCGGCCCAUCAUGGACUCACUCCCUUUGAAAUUUUGUAUGGGAGCCCGCCUCCCGCGGCUUCCUUGUGUAGCCUUGACCCGGUUUUGUAUCCUAACCCUCCUGCUUUACAGACUCAUCUCCAGGCUCUCCGUGUGGUGCGAGAUCAUAUCUGGAAGCCCCUUGCGGAAGUCUAUCGAGACAAGGAAGUGCCGUCCUGCCCACACCCCUUCAAGGAAGGUGACCUCGUGUAUGUGAGGAGACAUCAGUCAAAGACCUUGGAGCCACGUUGGAAGGGGCCGUAUACCGUCCUCCUCACCACUCCCACCGCCUUGAAAGUGGACGGCAUCUCCGCCUGGAUUCAUGCGUCGCAUGUAAAAAGGGCACCACCCCAGGACCCAACUGACUCCCCCUCCACUGCAGAACCACCACUUGGAGCCUGGAAAGCAGGGCUUGAUAAUCCCCAGACGGCACACAUUCUUCUUCAGAAAUACCAACCUUGUGGGUGUGCAGGAGGCAGGAGGAGCGGGACAGUUCCGGACGGAUUAUCACCAACAUAUAAACAAGACUGUGGAAGUGAGAUAGCCUACCUUCCCAUUCACAGGAAUGGUGUGGGGAACGGCCAGUGGAUUUGUGUUCCAAAACCUAGGCCGAGUUCCCUGGGGCCCAAUGAGGAAUGCCCUCGAGAAUGCAACCAAAUUGUUUAUAGCUCUGUACAUUCUGCAUGUUACUCUAGUUGGAGCACUUGUAAUCUAGGGCCCAGACAGCUGCUUUAUGCGGUCAUUACUGGAGAAUGGAAAGGGUCCUUUGGAAGCGAGUUAUCACCUACUCGGUACCACUCAAAACCGUGCCCAACGAAGGGAACGACUGUUUGUUGGUCCCAGACAGCCCCCUUAGGAAUGACGGACGGUGGAGGCCCACAAGAUUUGAUUAGACAGCAGCAAACAAAAAGGACUCUUGAAAAAAUAUAUGAUAGCGUAUAUCCCUCACUUUAUUAUCACUCUUUAGCCAGAAUCCAUUCUAAAGGACUUGAGGGACUAGAUGCCAACACCGCUAACGUUCUCAAUGGUGCUCAUCAAUUAUUAAACACCACAAACCCAAACGUUGCGGAGGGCUGUUGGCUCUGCUUGCGUCAGGGACCGUUCACCCCAGUUGCGAUAGGUAUGCAGCAAGAUAAGAUCCUCCAAGUUUCUGAUACUCAGGCCUGCUUUCCAAUGUCCCCCUUCAUUGUUUCGGUUGCCCCCAAUAUUGGUAAUGAGACUUGCCUCUACAAGCCUCCAGAUAACGAAACUGGGAACAUUGAUGUCGGUCGAGCCACCUUUUGUGUAAAUUUUAUGAACGUCUCCACCCCCCUAUGUGCCCCCAAUUCCACUGUAUUUGUAUGUGGGGAGAACUUGGCCUAUACCUUGCUCCCUGCAAAUUGGACUGGGGCAUGCGCGAUGGCAUAUCUUCUCCCGGAUAUAGAAGUUAUUCGUGGAGACUCUCCAGUCCCUGUUCCUUCCUUUGAUUAUAUAGCCGGCAGGCAGAAGCGUGCUGUGCAGCUAGUUCCCUUGUUUGUUACAAUAGGAAUUUCUUCAGCUUUGGCCACAGGGUCGGCAGGGUUAGGAGUGGCAGUCCAUAAAUAUCGGGAAUUGUCCCAACAGCUAAUUAAUGACGUACAAACUUUAUCCACAACAAUCCAAGAUAUUCAAGACCAAAUAGACUCCCUGGCAGAAGUAGUUUUACAGAACCGCCGAGGCCUAGACCUACUUACUGCUGAGCAGGGAGGCAUUUGCUUAGCUUUACAAGAAAGAUGUUGCUUUUAUGCCAAUAAGUCCGGCAUAGUGCGGGAUAAAAUAAAAAUGCUCCAAGAGGACCUGGAACACCGCAGACGCCAGCUGGCUGAAAACCCCUUAUGGACGGCAUGGAAUGGUCUUUUACCGUACCUGUUACCCCUUCUAGGCCCCCUCACCGGACUAUUAAUAGUGAUAUCGGUCAGCCCCUGUAUUUUUAAUCGGCUACAGCAGUUUGUUCGGGACCGACUUUCAAAGGUGUUUGCCAAAGUACUCCGAGAGGAGGACAGCAAGGAUGCCUUGUACCUUUUCACCGUCCCAGAUGACUGCCCCAUUCGGCAGAAGGAAGCCAAGGAGAGGGAGCUGCAGAAGGUGCUGGCUGAGCAGAAGUCUGUGGAGAUGGCCAAAAGAAAGAAAAGCAUCAAGAUUUGA